UUCUUCAAAAACCUAAACCCUCUUUUGUGGCGGCGGAAACUCCUCCUUCCUCUAUCAAUUCCCUCUCAAAAACUCAAUAAUUCUUAGGGUUUACUUUCUGGUUUUUGAAGAUCUAUCAUCUCCACUAUCAGUAUGGCCGCCGUCGCUCCUCCUGCAGAUCAAGCUGCUGAUUUGCUGAAGAAUCUAUCAUUGGAUUCUCAAACCAAGACUCUGGAAAUUCCUGAGCCCACUAAGAAGCCUUCUGUGGACAAUGGGAAUGUUCAGGUUCAACCUACCAAUAGGUCUGUAACCCCUUUGAUUCCAGAUUACAUGGAUCCAGCAGUGGCUUAUUUUCCAAAUGGUUAUCCUUCUACCGCAUAUUACUAUGGAGGUUAUGAUGGGACUACCACUGAUUGGGAUGAGUACUCUAGAUAUGUGAAUUCUGAUGGAGUGGAUAUGACUCAAGGUGUUUAUGGGGACAAUGGGUCAGUGAUGUAUGGUUACGGUUAUGCCCCAUAUGGACCAUAUUCUCCUGCUGGUUCACCCAUGCCAACAGUGGGUCAAGAUGGUCAAUUUUAUGGCGCCCAACACUCCUACCAAUACCCUAGUCCUUACUUUCAACCCAUUGCUCCUACUGGUUCACCCUUUACUGCACCUGCUGCUCCUCCUAAAGGUGAGAUUACCGCACCUGCUUCUGCUGACCAACCGCCUAUCACUGUGGAGACAGCUAAAGGGAACUCUAAUGGUGUCGUUAACGGUGUGGGUGCCAAGGGAAACACUGGUUCUGCACCUGUAAGACCAACACCAUAUCAGCACUCAGUUUUCAAUGCAAAUGGUUCAUACGGAAGGGGUGCACAAACUGCUUAUCAGGAUCCUAGAUUUGGUUUUGAUGGGGUCCAUUCCCCAAUACCAUGGUUAGAUGGAUCAAUAUAUUCUGAUCCUCAACCUAGAAACAAUGGGAACAACGCCCCAUAUGGGAACGGUGUUGCAUCAAAGAAUCAGAACGUUCGUCCCCAUUCUCAUCUCAUGAGUCCAAGACCAAUCUCUGGCAUGAAUACAGCAAGUGGGUAUAUGAACAGAAUGUAUCCCAGCAAGUUAUACGGCCAGUACGGAAAUACAUACCGAUCGGGUUAUGGUUUUGGUUCCAAUGCUUAUGAUAUGCAAAACGGUGGACGAGGUUGGUUGGCUGUUGAUAACAAGUAUAAGCCUCGAGGCCGUGGCAAUGGUUUCUUUGGUUAUAACAAUGAAAACAGUGAUGGUUUGAAUGAGCUAAAUAGGGGACCGAGAGCUAGGAGCACCAAGAACCAGAAAGUGUUCACACCCAUCACUAUAGCAGUGAAGGGACAGGAUAUAACUUUGGCAGCUGCUGAGGGCAUCGAAAAGGAGACAAAGGAGGUGAGUGUGACUCCACAGAGAGAGCAAUACAACCAGCAAGAUUUUCCAGAAACUUACACCGAUGCCAAGUUCUUUAUAAUUAAAUCUUAUAGUGAAGAUGACGUCCAUAAGAGCAUCAAGUAUAAUGUUUGGGCCAGCACACAGAAUGGAAACAAGAAACUUGAUGCAGCAUAUCAGGAAGCCCAGCAGAAAGCUGAAAAGUGCCCUGUUUUUCUUUUCUUUUCGGUGAAUACAAGUGGACAAUUUGUGGGUGUUGCUGAAAUGGUAGGGCCAGUUGAUUUUGACAAAAGUUUAGAGUACUGGCAACAAGACAAGUGGAUUGGUUGCUUCCCUGUAAAGUGGCAUAUUGUUAAAGAUCUUCCUAACAGCUUGUUGAAACACAUUAUUCUCGAAAAUAACGAGAAUAAACCCGUCACCAAUAGCAGGGAUACCCAAGAGGUUAAGUUAGAUCAGGGAUUGCAGAUGAUUAAGAUAUUCAAGGAGCAUUCUAGCAAGCAAUGCAUAUUAGAUGACUUUGAAUUCUAUGAGGAUCGACAGAAGAGAAUUCAGGAGAAGAAGGCAAAGCAACAACAGUUCCAGAAACAGGUAUGGGAAGGAAAACCUACUAUUGAAGAGAAGAGUAAAGAAGGGGUUAAGGUGGAGGUUCUUGGACCAAAACCUUUGGUCAAUGAAGCUAACCCGACUGAGGCUAAACCUCUGGAUAAUGUGCAAGAAAAUGUUGGAGAUGGGGCAGAGAAGGAGGUUGUAGUAAAUGGGGUUGCGAAUGGUUGUUAAAUGAGCAAUGUAUGUGGGCGGCACAAAAUUGUUUGAUUGGAAAAUUUAUACACAUGCCGUCCUCAGAAAGUGGGCAUCGUUCGGUUUUUUUAAAAGAAAGGUGAGAAGUGAAGAAUAGGGAAAUGUAAAUUCGGAGGAUCCCCAUAUUCUUUUCUGAUGGGGUCGGACUCUUCUAUAUAGUGUUUUAGCUACAAACAGGUUUCAAAGGAUCCUUUUAGGUUUUGGGCUAGGUUUCGUUAUAUUCCAACUUUGAUCAUUUUCCAUUUUGGUUUCGGUUUUGGUUUUUCCGUGGGUUUUGUGUUCUUGUCGUCGGUGUUUAGUUUUUUCUUUCUCAUUUCUUUUUCCUUCCUUGUAAAUCUAGAUCAAGAAUACAUAGAUGCUAGAAAAGCAGGGUGGGAUGGAUGGUUGUUGGCAAAUAUCAGGUGGUUUUGAU